CGGAGGCAGCUCGGCAUACGCCGUAAUAUACAGCGUCCAACGCGGAGGCAGCCACCAAACCAGUAUCGACAAGACGUCAAAACCCUAGACCGGCGACGCGUUCCCCUCUCUCGCCGCCGGAUUCCCCUCCGCCCGUGCGUCUCGCGGACGUCUUCGCGCUCGCCGGCUGCUGUUCUCGGUUCGCCCACCACCAGCAAUGUCUUCUCAGAUGAAUAACCGCAUCCAGUCCGCUGGAAAGCGCGCGCGCACAGACGGUAGCCGGCGUGAGGACGACUGGAUUUGCCCCAGCUGUAACAACGUCAACUUCGCAUUCCGCACCACCUGCAACAUGCGCAACUGCGACCAGUCCAGGCCCGCAGAUCACACGAAGGCUAUGCAGACUCCACCCCACUACUCGGUGCCGGGGCGGUACAUGCCGCCGGGGACGCCUCCGUCCAUGUACCUCACCGGGGCUCCUCCCCCGUAUGGCUCCAACCUCUAUAAUGGGCAUCCCAUGCCACGCUAUGGCAUUCCUCAGCUCCCUCCGGGCUCUGGAUAUCCGUAUGGCUAUGGCGGGCGAGUCCCGAUGGGGAGCCCCUAUGGGCCAAUGCAUAUGGCGGCACCACCCCCAUAUUCUAGUGGUUCUAUGGUUGGUGCAGGUGGAAUGUACAGCAUCAGCAUGCCCAUGGAUAGAUAUGGCUUGGGCUCACCCGCUGGUCCUGGGGCAAUGGGCACAAGGGCUGGUUCCUAUUCUGACGAAGGCUCACAGAAGAAAUCUGCUGGAGCUGGACGUGAUAAUGAUUGGAAGUGCCCUAAUUGCAACAACAUUAACUUCGCCUUUCGGACAGUCUGUAACAUGAGAAAAUGCAACACACCAAGACCUGACACCCAGGGAUCCAAACCUGACAGUUCAAGAGCUCCAAAACCAAAGACUCCAGAGGGUAGCUGGAAGUGUGAAAAGUGCAAUAACAUAAACUAUCCUUUCCGGACAAAAUGCAACCGUCCAAGUUGUGGGGAAGAAAAGCCAUUGCAGGCAAACAGUCCUGAUGAUCUGGCUACAGAUCAGGACAAUCAGAGAUGAUAGAUGAUGGAAGAGUGAGUUGUGCAUAAUCGCAUUGUGGAGUGUGCAUAACCUCGCAUGCUUGGUUGGAUUGGUGCUCUUUGACUGACUGGGUGCCAUUGAAAUUAGUUUUUGUCAUGUAAUAUGGGGAAGCUUUUAUCAAAGCUGCAACUUUCACAUGACUUUGAAGACAACAGUGUUCUAAUCGAGAAGGAUGUUCCCGGCCACGCUGCUGGACUACCGGUACCGACAAGUUCGCAUGCCCUGCGAAUGGCAGCUCUCAGUGAGCUGCAAGACAGUUUAUAGAUGACAAGUAACCAUUUCAUUUUUCUUUGAAAACGUUCGUAUUGUGUGGACCCAUCAUACUCUGUAUCAAGCAAUCAACGGUGUUGCUCACAGCCAUCUUGGUACGGACUUGGAUUGAAAGCUUGGUUUAGAUUUGUUUGGAGUGCAUAUUUUACUUCUGUUCUCAUUCUUACGAUUUUCUUAUAAUUGUAUAAUUGAGGACUGGUUGGCUUUGUUGUUUUGUUAUAUGUUUGUUUGAA